AUGGCGAUAAUUCAAACAUUUGAAGAUUUUACAAAAGAAGUUAAUAACGUGACGAAUAAAUCUAGUCAAAUUCAUAAAUUGACAAAUUAUGCUCAGAAUCAUAUCGAUGAAUCGAAAGAAAUUGUUGAAUUAGUUCAAAGGAAAAUAGAGCUGUCUAUUAAAAAUAAAUUAAAUUACUUAUAUUUAAUGGAUUCUAUGUGUAAAGUGAUUGGAAAUCCUUAUGAUAUUUUAUUUGAGGAUAAGUUGAAAGGAAUAUUUAUUAAUUCAUAUCAAUUGUCAAAUGAAGCCGUUCGAGAGUCUUUAGUUCAGUUACUUAAUACUUGGAAAGGAAUAGGUAGACGUGAUGGUAAAAGAACAUUUACACCGCAAGUUUUAGAUUCAAUAGAUUCAUUUAUUAGAAAAUCUAGAGAAGUUAAAAGAUCUAAUAAAAUACAAUCUUUUGCAGGUAAUAAUUAUGGUACAAAUACAACUAGAUUUCAACAAUUGAGAUUUGAAGGUUUAGAAAUGUUAAAAUUCAUCAUUCAUUUAAAUUAUAAUUUGGAUAAAUUUGUUAAAGAAUUUCAUAAAUUUUUACCAGAUAAGUGUAAAAAGAAGAUAGCAGAAAUGGAAGUAUCAAGAAACAAUAUAGUUGGUCAAGUUAAUUAUGUAUUAGGCGAAUUAGGUGGUAAUAAUGAAGAUCCAAGUGCAACUAUGACCCUAAAUCAAUUUAAUAUUCAGUAUAAUGAAUUUAAAGCAAUUUUUAAUGAAUGUACCAAAACAUUAAGUGAAGAUAAUAUUAAUCAAAUGAAAUUUUUGGAUGAGACAAGAUUAUUAUGCCAUAAAGUUAGAUGGAAAUAUGAUAUUAAGUUGAAAAAACUACAAAAUAAGAGAAAUCUUGAAGAAUUUUUUGAAAAAAAUAAAGUUUAUCUUGAUUAUCAACCUGAUUUAGAGUUUUUCACAGGUGUACCUAAUCCUAAUAUAAUACGAUUGUUAGAUAAUUUUGGUAAAAUACCCGAAAAAGAUGUAAUGAGGAUAGCUUAUAAACCAAAGAAGAAAAGGAAGGAAAAAGUUCAACAACAACAAGUACAAGAACCUAAACAAGCACAACCAGAAGUUACGCCAGAAUAUGAAUUAAAUGCUAAUACUGAUAAUAAUAAUAGUUUAUUUGUUGGUAGUACCUUAGGUAUGGAUAUGAAUUUAGACGAUUUAGAUGAUGAUAUUGAACACUCAAUACAACCACAAGUACCAGUACAACACGAAAGAAUAGAAGAUGAUUAUGUACAAAAUGCAGAAACUGUUAAUCAAGGUCAAUCUAAAAUUAAGGAUAAUAAAUCUGAGACAAUUGAUAGUAAUGAUAAUGAUAUUAAUGAAAAAGAGUUAUUUGGUGAUGAUAAUGAUGAACAAGAUAAAAGUAUAUUUGGUGAUGAUGAUGAAAUUAAUUUACCUUCACAAUUUACAAAUCAAAGACAACAGAAUGCACCAUCACCACCUUCAUCUUCUCAAAUUUACGACAAUUCAAAUGUUAUACAACCAAUGCAAGUUGAUAAUGAACAAGAAGAAAUACAACCUAAAACAACAAUUCAAAAUGAACCAAUUGAAACUAAUAAAAGAAAAUUAUCACCUCAGUUACAACCAGAAAAUGAACCACCUUCAAAGAAAAACAAAGUUGAAGAAGAAGAAGAUAAAUAUUAUCAUGCAAAUGGUAAUGAAGUUAAGGUUAAAGAAGAAUAUCGUCUUGCUGAUAUUGAUGAUUCGCCAGCUUUGUAUUCUAUUGAUGAACCAAUUGAUGAACCGCAAGAACAAGAAGUACAUAAUGGCAAUUUACCACCACCAAAUCAAUCUGGAUAUUUACUGCCACCACUUCCACAAGCUUCAACUCAAUUUAUACCCAAAGAAGUUACUACUUCUAAUGAAAAAUAUUCAAUUUCACGAAUACCAGCAUCAACUCAGAAUCUACCACAACCAACAAAAAGUGCACAAUCAAUUAGUUCACAACUUGUUGAUCCAAUACAGUCAAUGUCUCAUAAAACUGGUUAUUUUCCACCUUCUUCACAAUCAGAAUCAACUCAAGAUCUUUCAAUAAACUCAGCAUCACCACCUCCUCCGCCUCCAUUACCCUCACAACAUCCAGAACAAGAAAAGAAACCAGUUCAUACACCUCCAAUUCCACAUGCUCAAUUAGCUGAUUAUUUUCCGGAAGAAGCUCAAGCACCGAAAGAUGAAUCAGAAGAAGAUGAUGAAAUUGAGGUUAACAAUAAGUUUAAAAAUUCAAGACGUACACCUACACCACCAUUACAUAAAAAUGAAAUAGAAGGCUCAGGAAAAAGUGAAACGCAAGAAGAUGAUGAAAUUGAGGUUAACAAUAACUUUCAAAAUUUAAGACGUACACCUACACCACCAUUACAUAAAAAAGAAACAGAAGGAGCAAAAGAAGAUAAAAUAAAAGAUUCACCAAUACGAGCUUCACCUGAACUUGAACCAGAUCAUCUUGAUGAUGAUAUUCCACCAUCACCACCGCCAAUUGGAUCUGAAUUUAGUAUACCACCUCCACCACCGCCAUUAGAACCUAAAAAACUUAGUUUAUCAGAUUAUAGAAAAAAAGUCGAUAGUGGUGAUAUUCCAAGAGUAACAAGACCUACAACUACUUCAUCGUCGUCAUCAAAUACUACACCUCCAAGACAACAACCUGCAAAUAAACCUGCAAAUGAACCUGCUAGAUUGAGGUCAAUUCUAAAACCACCAACACCAAAGUUGGAAAACUUAAAAUCAAGUAAUAAGCGAAAAGUUAAUUUUAACCUUAAUAAUAAAAUAUAUGAUUAUGAGAAGCCUCCCCCAGAAUAUUAUGGUAAUGGUAACAGUAAUAAUAUAUAUUAA